AUGAAAGGGUUGCGUGAAACGUUGGAUGAUAGCAACACUUCAAAGUAUAUCUCAGAAAGAUUUGGAACAGAUGGCAAUGAUAAAUGUUUCAUACGGCUAUUGGAUAUACAAGAUAUGGACAGUAUUAAAGCAAUUUGCCUGGAGUCAUUUCCGAUACAAUAUCCAGACAGUUGGUUUCAGGAAGUGCUUGACGGCCAGUUGAUCAGUUUCGGAAUUGUUUGCGAAAAUGUCCUUGCUGCUAUUCUCGUUGCUGAACUGAAGAUAGUAGCAGAGUGCAAUACUGAGGAUCGUGACCUCUUACCUGGUUACUGUUUACCGGUAGUAUAUAUAUUAAGUGUUGCUGUACGUCCUCCUUAUCGAAGACGAGGUUUUGCUUCUCGUUUACUCAAUCAUCUUAUGAUUACAGUUGUACAACAGCCCCCAUAUCCAAAAGCUGUUUAUUUGCAUGUGUUAGCCACAAAUUAUGGUGCCAUCAGUUUUUAUAAAAAACACGGUUUUUAUCACCAUACUACACUUUUGAAUUACUACUGCAUCAAUGGUACGUUCGGUGAUGGUUUAACAUUUGUGCUUUAUGUUAAUGGUUCGACUUGGUCAGCAUAUCGAUUCUCCUCUCUGUUUGCUUCUGUUUUUUGUUUUCCUCUAAGAAUUUUUUUUAAAAUGAAAUACAUUUUAGGCUUUUAG